GAAAACAGAAGAGAUCAUUGUCUCAAAUUGGCCGGAAAGUUACUAAGAGGGUUUAGAACCUUUUUAUCAACCACCUUUCUUAGGGAUACGGAAGGUACUUUUGUUGAUGCAGAGCUUCCAUCUAAAUAUGCAAGUUUGAUUUCACCUAAAGAAUGGGAAACGUUUAAAUCCAAACGAAAAACCCAAGAAUUUAAGAGUGUAAGUGAAACGAACCGGCAAAGAGCAUCAAGUCCGGCGUAUCCCUAUAGAAAAGGGCGUGUUGGAUAUGGACGCUUAGAGCAGUCUAUAUUAACAAAGGAGAAUAGUUCUGAAACAUCUCUUCCGGCACAUGUUUUGUGGAAGGAAGCCCGUGUCGGUAAGGAUGGAAAGAUUAAAGAAGACGUUCAACAAAUAUUUGAGAAAUGUGAGACUCUAUCUCAAUCUAUAGUUCCAUAUGAAGACACUGAUUGCAGGAGCAUACUGAGUCGAGCAUUAGAUGUUCCCGAGUAUUCUGGUCGGGUGAGGGGCAAGGGAUUUGGGAUCACUCAAAAAUCCUUGAAUAUUAAAAAACAAAAGACUCCUAGCAAUAAAGAACUGCAGCAAACUUUGGAAGCAUUAAAAGCUGAAGUUCUUGAAUUAAGAAAGGAAAGAGAAAGAGAUCGAGCAGCGGGUUUUAAAGAUACUAGUGACAAAGAUAGUAUCAAUUGUAAUUUUCAACCGACUAUUCCAGAGGGCAUUUCACCUUGUCACCUCUACUUAGCGAGACCGACUUAUCGGAUGGUUGGCAAGGGGAAAGUUCAUAACAAUUUGGGUGAAUUACUUCACACUAAACCGCUCCCUACUGGAUCUUUGAAAGUCUCGGUUGAUAUUGCUUUGGAGAAGGAUGCGUUAUUACCACAUCCUGACGAUGUUUCGGAUGCAACUUUAUUGGGAGAUGCCAUAGGUUCAUUUGUUGCAUGGCCGACAGACCUCAUUAUCGUAGGAUAUGAGACUCCCACAAAAUCCAAAGCAAAAGAUAAGGGGAUUGCGCGGGAAAUCGAGUCAGUUGCAUCGCAAAAAGAGAUUCCUGUUGCUAAGAAGACUGAAAUUUCCAAGAGGACCGGGGCUAAAAAGAAAAAUCCUUCCAAGUAUAGAGCGUGCCUCCAUACAUAUUUAGAAACGACAGAUAUUUCGGAUGGAUGUGUUCGUUUAAUACCUAUGGAUGGAGCUAUUUUUGGUUUUGAGUAUGCCGAGCCAUUGGGUAAAGAGGAUUUUGAUCAAAUUUUGUAUCAUACGCAAUUAAGCGUUGGUGUUAUCAACACAUACAUGAGGUAUUUAUAUGACAAAUUGAUGGGUCCGCGUGGGUUGGAGCAAAGAUUCUCAUUCUUAAAUCCCAUGAAAACGAACUUAACCGAAAUGAUAAGAAAACCAGAUGAAGUCAGGACGUAUGUAGUCGAGCGCUUUAUGGCCGACACAGAUAGAGAAAAGUUGUUCUUUUUACCGUUUAAUACCGGCGACGGUGGACAUUGGUUGUUGGUCGCGAUAAAUCCUUUUAAAGAAAUUGUGUAUUAUUUGGAUUCUUUACACAAGGAUUGGACAACAUACCCUGCUAUGAAGACGAUAGUUGACACCAUUAUACAAACUGUUCGAGCACAAAGAAAAAUUCAAGUACCAAAGAGAAAAGCCAAUAACAUUACAUGGAAUAGAGUGGAGUGUCCUCGACAGCGUAAUAAUAUAGAUUGUGGAUAUUACACGUUGAGGUUUAUGAAAGAAACUCUUCUUAUGGAUCGAACAGAUAUUCCAUCUGAUUACUUUGAUGAAUAUAGAUGUGCUUAUUACUCAAAAGAUCAGUUGGAUGAAAUUAAAGAGGAAUUGUGUCAAUUCAUUAUCGAGCUACAGGUUUUGUGAG